GUUCCAUUAAAAAUCACAACGAAAACCGAGUCAAAACUUUAGAUAACCCAUUUAAAUCGUAAAAAAAACACAAGAUAACCCCAAAGUGACCCAGCAAUCAGCAGUUGUGCAUCCAUCGUCGCGAGAAACGGACGCGCGCUCCAAAAAAUUAUGAACAAAGAUUAAAAUCGGGUAAAAAGCACCGUGUUACAAAAUGGAGCAUCAAAACUUGGACAAAUCCAUGUCCACAGCCCCAAUGCUGCCGAAAGAAGAAGAGAAAAUGGUUAUAAUUACCCCGAGGAAUGGUGUCGGCAAAAUUCUGAUUCGGGAGGAUACUAUUUUGACAAACCUGCACGGUUGUGCGGGUUGUAGAGGGCAAUUAUCAUGUUCCGGGGUAAAAAAACAGUGGUCAGUGCUUUGUUGGGGUAAGCAACCGGAAAAUAGAUAUUAUUGCUUACUCCUGCUUCUAUCAACGACCUUCGUCCUGAGUAUGAUCGGCACAAUAUUCUUCUGUUUCACGAACACCAUCAACGAUGCCAUAUUGUCUAGUAUGGUGAUAAGAAACAACUCCAUCGCCUACAAGAUUUGGAAGCGACCAAACGUGCAACCUCUGAUGAAGGUCCAUCUCUUCAACUAUACCAACUGGGAGCAGGUAAAGGAUGGAGUGGACGAAAAACUACGAGUCGAGGAAGUCGGACCCUAUAUUUACGCACAACAAUUAGAAAGAGUCAACAUUCGGUUCAACGGUGACAAGCUGAGCUUUCAGGAGAGGAAUCACUUCCAGUUUCUCCCUGACAAGAGUAGCGGAGCGCACUUCGACCAAGUGACAGUCCCGAAUCUGCCGCUCCUUGGUGUGAUCUCCAAAGCACUGAGUAUGAAUCUGAACAGCCUGGCACAACUGACUCUAAGCUCCGCUCUCACUUGGGCCAACCAUCCUGAUGCCUUUGCUAAACUACCAGUGCAUAGAUUCCUGUGGGGUUAUGAUGACAGCAUUAUUGACACUGCUAAGCCGUUCCUGAGUCUGAAUGGACAGUUGAAAUUUGAGAAGUUCGGACUCCUCGUUACGAAAAACGGCACAGUCUCGGAACGGUUCACCAUCAAUACUGGCGAGUUUGACAAGGACAAGAUGAACAUCAUCGAGGAGUUCGACGGCCAGGACCACCUCAACUACUGGGGGACUACGGAAUGUAACAGUAUUGAGGCAUCGGACGGUUCAAUUUUCCCACCUUCACAACUGGACAAGAACACAACUCUUUACGUCUUCUACCCCAACCUGUGCAGAAGAUUACCAUUCAAAUUUGAGAAGGAUGUUGAGAUAUCUGAUGGCAUCCAGCUCUAUCGUUACCGCAUGCCUCUGGACGUGUUUGACGACCCUGGCCACAACCCUGACAACCAGUGCUACUGCGAGAUAGACACGGCCACCUGUCCUCCGCGAGGAGUCAUCAAUGUCACUGAUUGUACUAUGGGAGCGCCAGCACUGGUCUCGUUCCCACACUUCUACUUAGCCGACCCUCAGCUGCGGGAGGAUGUUCUUGGUCUGCAACCUGAUCCCCUCAAGCACGACUCAUACCUCGACUUGCAUCCAACACUGGGUAUCGCACUAAGUGGGAAAUCUAGCAUCCAAAUCAAUAUUCAGGUGCGGAAAAGUGACAUGUUCCCGUCAGUAAAGUAUCUCCGACAAGGACUGAUUCUACCUGUGGCUUGGAUUGAAAUGGGAGUAGAAGAACUUCCCGAAGGUUUACGAUCCCUGGUCUACCAUGGAACAUACUCCACAGCAGCAGCACAGCUUGGAUUAACAGUCAUAUGCAUCAUAGCCUUCAUAGGAUCCGGCAUAUGCUUACUAUGCACCUUUGUAAAGCGGAAACAGAAGCCUUGUGCGACUUUAAAAGUUAGGAUCCCAACGGAAACCGAAUUGAAGAGUCAAACAUCAUGAUAUCUAGGUAUUUUUAAUCUGUGUUUAUUUUUUUUUUGGGAGAUAUCUUUUUGGUUGCGAAACUGAAAUGUUUUUGCGAGAACGAGAUUUGUUUUGAGGUUAUGUACUAUAUACGAUGUUUCUUUUUUCAAUUUUGAAAACGAUUAAAUACAAAAUAACAGUUUUCUCAUGGCUGUACAAAUAUGGCGGCUACAAACAAUACAACACAAUAAUUGAAGCUGCAAUAUAAUAUUUAUAUUCUUUAACUUUCAAACAACGCCAUCUAGUUUCAAAUUAAGCUCGAGCUCCUGAAUUUUGAAGUUUAUUUGCGAUGUUUGCCUUUGUCACAAUUUAGUACAAAUGUUGACCAAAAUCUUAUUAAACGGGCAUUUAAAGUAAGUAAUAAUAUUCUUUACCGAUCCAUUCGCAUAAUGUUAGUAAAACAGCCAUUUUAAAACAGACGAAAUAGGAAAUAAAACAUAUUUUAAUUAACUUCUUUAAAUAGACAUUGGUUUCUAUAUAAUCUGUAGAACUAAUCACGACUGUGAUUGAUUGCCAAAAGAACGUAUGCAAUUAAUUACGUCACAUAACCUAACCUAAAACUCCAUAAAUCCGUCAAAUUGUAAAAGUCAAAGUUUCUAGUUU